GUUACGAUGUGAGGGUGCGUCAGAGGAAAAAGGAAGUUGCGGGAUGAAGUUAAAAGUCUUUGACACGGUGCAGCUCUGCAGAACACCCACCACGGAAGAAACGCAGAACGAGAGCGCCAGAGUCUGAAAAUUAGAUAAUGAAAGGGAGAUGAGGAGGUGAACGUCAAGAACGAAUACGCGGAACUGCGAGGAGACGCUACUGAAGAAAGCAAAGAUGGAGCUGUGGCGGCAGUGUGCGAUGUGGUUGAUCGACUGCCGGGUUCUUCCUGAGAACCACCGGGUUACGUGGGAGGGCGCCCAGGUGUGCGACCUGGCUCAGGCCCUGAGAGACGGCGUGUUGCUCUGUCAGCUGCUCAACAACCUCCUGCCUCAGGCCGUCAACCUGAAAGAGAUCAACCUGCGCCCGCAGAUGUCCCAGUUUCUGUGUUUGAAGAAUAUCCGCACGUUCCUGAGCGUUUGCCAAGACAGGUUUCAUCUGAAGAAGAGUGACCUGUUUGAGGUCUUCGACCUCUUUGAUGUUCGAAACUUCGCAAAGGUGAUCGACACGCUGUCUGCUCUGUCUCAUUCACACAUUGCCACACAAAGAGGCUUCCAGCCGUUCCCUUUGGAAGGAUGCGCUGCCGAUGAUGAGAUCUACAGCGGCCUCUCUGACCAGAUAGAUGACACUGUGGACGAGGACGAUGACUUAUAUGACUUUGUCGAGGACGAGGAGAAUGAAGGGGAUGAGAUCUAUGAGGAUUUAAUGAGAACAGACGAACCCCCUGAAACUCAGCAGCGGACCGGCGUGGACAAACGAGAGUGCUGCCUGCAGGAGAUAAGACAGACGGAGGAGAAAUACUCCGAGACGCUGGAGUCUAUUUUACAGCACUUUAUGAAACCACUUGAACGCUUCGUGAAUGAACAAGACCUUGAGAGUAUCUUCAUCAACAUAGAGGACUUGGCCAACACCCACAGUGAUUUGCUGAAGGAGGUCCGGAGCUCCAUCUUGUCCUAUAGUGCCAAGAACCUCUACCAGGUGUUUCUGGGCUACAAGGAGAGGCUCCUGCUGUACGGCCGUUACUGCAGUCAGGUGGAGGCAGCAACCAAGCACCUCGACAAGCUAUCGAACGCGCGGGAGGACAUCCGGAUGAAACUGGAGGAGUGUUCCAAGAGAGCCAAUAACGGCCGCUUUUCUCUCCGAGACUUACUCAUGGUGCCCAUGCAGAGAGUCCUCAAGUACCACCUGCUGCUCCAGGAGCUGGUGAAACACACGACUGACGCAGCAGACAAAGAAAACCUACGCACGGCUCUUGAUGCCAUGAGGGACUUGGCGCAGUGUGUGAACGAAGUCAAACGAGACAAUGAGAUUAUCAAGCAGAUCACCACCUUCCAGUUGUCGAUAGAAAACAUGACUCAGUCCUUAGCGUUUUACGGUCGCCCAAAGAUCGACGGAGAGCUGAAGAUCAGCAGCUCGGAGAAACGGUGCAAACAGGACAGGUACGCCUUUCUGUUUGAUAAAGCCAUGUUUGUAUGUAAGAAGAAGAGCGGGGAGAUGUUUGAGCUGAAGGAGAUCAUAGAGCUCCAUAGCUACCAGAUUCGAGAUGAACCCACGGGAGAGAAGGACAAAAAGAAGUGGUCCUACGUGUUUCUGCUGCUGGAGUGCUACGGGAGGUGUGGCUACGACUUAUACUUCAAAACCAGAGAACUGAAGAAGAAAUGGCUGGAACAGUUUGAAAUGGCUCUGUCCAACUUGUGUCCGGAGAACUCCACCGCCAACAACCACGACUUCCAGAUGACCUGCUUUGAGGAGACCACGUCAUGCAAGGCCUGCUCCAUGCUGCUGAGAGGGACGUUCUUCCAGGGCUACCGCUGCAGUCGCUGUAGAAUGGCUGCGCACAAAGAGUGUUUAGGCCGAGUCCCUGCCUGUGGACGAAACUCAGAUCAUCCUGGUACUAUGAGGAAGAAUAAAACACAGAGGUCGAGUGGAACCUCCGGCCUCGGGUGUCCUAAGAUGGAGGUAUGUCAGGAGUAUUAUGGGCUGCCCCCGCCUCCUGUAGGCUUCGGCCAACCGCUUAACCUGUCCAAAGGUGAUAUCAUUGAACUUACCCGGGCCAAUGCUGCGCAGCUGUGGUGGGAGGGGCGAAAUCUGACUGUUGGUUCAAUGGGAUGGUUCCCCUCUCAAAAGGUUCAGCCCUACACGUCGAGGCCGACGCCUGACUUAUCCGGCUUUAACUGGUUUGCAGGAAACAUGGACAGAACCGCAGCCAAAAACCUGCUCAUAUCUCGGUCUGAUGGAACCUUCCUUGUGCGGCAGAAAGAUGGAGGAGAGUUUGCCAUCAGCAUCAAGUUCAACAUGGACAUCCGACACAUUAAGAUCACGUCCUCUGAAGGCUUGUACCGCAUCAAUGAGAAGAAGGCGUUCAAGGGUUUAAUUGAGAUGAUUCAUUAUUACCAACAGAACUCUUUGAAGGAGUACUUCAAAGAUGUGGACACCACACUGCAUACACCUUACAAACAACCGGAGCAGAGCAACUCAUGCAACAACACCCUGAACACCACCCCAGGGGGCAGCAUUAAGAGUUUUGGCGUAGCAAGGGCCAGAUAUGACUUUUCAGCCAGGGAUCGUUCAGAACUGUCACUGCGGGAAGGAGACACUAUCAAGAUCCUUAAGAAGUGUCAGAAUGGUUGGUGGAAAGGAGAAGUGUACGGCAGGGUGGGGUUAUUUCCAGCAAACUAUGUGGAGGAGGACUAUUCAGACUAUUGCUGACGUGCCUCUAGAUGGUGUGAUGUGUAGACCCAAAGCGCGUGUAGGGGCCUGUGAUUUCCACUGAUUGCAUUACCCUAUAUGCGGGACUGUGACUGUGUGCGUGUGAGAGAGAUGCUGUUGCUUGUGAUCCGACUUGUGACUAGUUAUGUUAAUAAACCUUUUGUUGAGCUAACCUGA